AUGGACGCUAUGAAGCUUCCUGCCAAGCAGUUUGGAUGUCCCAAGAACAGCAUCCUCGUUGGUCAUGACUCCUCUGUCGCCAAGUUUACGUCCAUUCAGAAAGCUAUUUCUUCGCUCCCAGACGACGACACCGCCUUCAUUAUUGUAGUUCUCUCAGGGAACUACACGGAGCAGUUGAAUGUUACGCGUAAAGCUCCCAUCACGAUUAUUGGGCAAACCCGUACUCCAUUGGAACAAUCAGAGAACACCGUGUUCGCGCCAAAUAUAAAUGCCAGUUUCACAGGGUCUGGACCUACUGGGUUCCCCGUCCCUGUGGGCACCCCAUUUGGCAACACCGAUUCCCGAGUUUACAACAUCAACUUCCGCAACAUCGCCACUGAAAUCGGCGCAGGCCAUCUCUGGCGGUCAGGCUACCAGGAUACCGUCUACGUUGGCAAGCUCGGCAAUGCCUAUUUUUACGGCAACGAAAUUGCCGGCCAGACGGAUUUCCUCUACAAAUUUGGGACAGCAUGGCUCGAGCGCUCGAAUCUGACACUGCGCAGAUGCGGCGGUGGAAUCAUUGCGUGGCUAGGGACUAACACGACGUUUGCUAACCAGUACGGCUGUUACGUCUCGAAUUCGCUCAUCAACGCAGCGAAUUCGUCCAGCGAUUGCUGGAAAAUGCUCUCUCGGUAG